AAAACAUCCCAUCUCUAACGAACUUGACAAAAAGCAGAGUUAGUAAAUAUUUGAAUAAACAAAAAUUAAAGUCGAGGGGGAGCGGACUAAGUUUGCAUUUUCCACAUUAUCAAUAAAUUUGCUUUGAAUAGGGUCAUUUAUGCCGACCGACCAGGGUGUGUAUUGUAUUGCAACCGGAUAAGAGUGGAAUGUCCUGGCAACUAAAACUAACAGUAACUUUUUAACAUUGACCGGGCGUUUAACGAUUUGCAAAUUUUCUUUAACUUCGAGGGUGGGAAUAACAAUUUAAGUACAACUUGACAGAAAGAAAAAGUGAAGAAUAAGUAAGGAGGAAUUUGAAAGGAGGUGACUAAAAUUGACAUCACAAACGAUCGACCAGUGUGAGUAGGAGUGGCGAAUAAAAUUUGCGUCAUAUUUUAAGAUAAUUUUUGGCAACUGAAGAGUUUUUGCUGGACCAGCUGAAUGAGAAUCCUGAACGUAUUGUGGGCGCUGCUGAAAAUGCUCUACCAACUCCUAUGGUGUUCGGCACGAUUACUCUCCGUACUCUUUAAUGUUUUUUGGUUUGCAUGCAAUCUUGCCUCAGCGUGUAUACCCUGGAUGACGUUAGUGCUGAUGGUCGCUUGUGUGGCUUCCAAAUUUGCGAAAUUACGUAGUCCGGACGAAAAGCGUUUGCUUAGACUACUUGGUGGUUGUGCACCGGAGGAGCUAACUUACUGGCCAAUAGCUAAUCGUGGUGCAGGUUAUGACGCGCCCGAAAACUCCAGAGCAGCAAUCAAAAAGUGUGUUGCACGUGGAUAUCGCAAUAUACUGCUGGAGGCCGGUUUGACAGCGUGUGGUGAAAUAGUGAUAGUAAAUCGUACAACACUAGAACGAGCUGGUUUAUUGGGAGGCAUUGCACGAUACACAUUAGAUGAAUUACGAAAAUUGAAUAUAACAGAACUACAUCCUUUAGGUUCACAAUUCGAAGCUGAACAAAUACUUACUCUUAAAGAAUUAAUGCAAAUUUUGGAGGAAGAACAGCGCAUAACUGUAUUUCUAAAUAUUUUGGACAACAGUGUACGCAUGUUAGAACAAUUAAGAGCUACAAUAAAAGUCAACGCACAAUUCACAUCACGCACAAUACUCAUUAGUCGUUCACCAUAUGCAAUUUACCAGUUACGUAAAUCACAUCCGGAAUUAAUUUGUGGACUCUGGACGGAGAAAUCACUUUCAUUGGCACUUUUAAAGGCGUCAACGCUCAUCACAUCGAUUUAUGGUGCAUUUUUCCGCAACAUCAUUGCGCCUGUAAUCGGAAUUAGUGUGGUUUUUGUCAGCAAAGAGGAAUUCAAUCUUCACAUUGCUGAUUUAUGGCGCAACGUAGGUGUUCGCCCACUAGUAUAUAAUGUAAAUUCGCCCAACGAGAAACGCUACUUUCAGAAAACGAUGAAAACCCAAUAUCUCACCGAUUCUUUACGUUCUGAACCUCAUCUCCUAAUGAAAGCUUAAUUAAAAUGAUUAGCUUUCCAUGUGUAUAAGAGUUAUUCUACAUACAAUUUUUAUUAUUUUUUAUGUAUUCCUGCUUGCAAAGUAGUGUACACACCGUCCCUAUAAUUUUAUAUUGUACCGAUAUAAACACAUACAAGAGAAUGUAUUUUUAUAUUUUUUGCUGCCGUCACAAAUUUUAAACGAUACUCACUUAGACAGAGCAUUUAGGUAUGCGCUUAGCUUUAAUACGAAAGCAUUUUUAAUUUGGUGUUGAUUUUUUUUAUACUGCAAAUUCGCAAAUUUUCACUCGAUGCUAUCAAUUCUACAUAAAGCCAUCAUAUAAGAAGCUGUAAAGUAUUGCGUACAAACUAAUUUUUUAAUAGAACGAACAAAACAAUUAAAUUAAUAACUAAAGAAAUAUUUUAAGUGCGAAUAAUUAGUAUAAUAAACAUGAAACGAAAUAAUUGUAGAUAUGUUCUAAAAUCUAAGAAGUGCACGACUUCUUUGGUUUAUAUUUGCUGUAUUUGUAUAUGAUUUUUUUUUUAACUUAUUAAAUAUUUAUUUUGUCUUUGUUAUAAUGUUUUAAUUUGAAAAAAAUGUGUGCUUAUAUUUUUGGUUUUUUGAUAAUACUUAAUUCGUACCAAAGCGGUGAUCAA